CCCUUAUUUGGUCAACUCACAAGUGAGCCCAUCAAUCCUUCGACUGCAGCAUUUCAGCCAACUUGAACACGAUGCCAAAUUGCCAAUUGCCAUAGCAGUAUACACCUCUCCUCCUUCAGCUCUCAGAUUGCUCUCUACAGAUCUCCCUCCUCUCGGCCAUUCAGGGUAGAGAGUGAGAGAGAGAUGGGGAGGAGGAUAUUGAACGAUGCGUUGAGAUCGAUAGUGAAUGCGGAGAAGAGAGGAAAAGCAACAGUGGAGUUGAAGCCUAUCUCCAAUGUCAUUUCUUCCUUUCUCAAGAUCAUGAAAGAUCGAGGGUACAUCAAGGAUUAUCAGGUCUAUGAUCCGCAUAGAGUGGGGAGGAUAACAGUUGAACUACAAGGAAGGGUUAAAGAUUGCAAGGCUCUCACUUACAGGCAGGAUAUCAAGGCAAGGGAUAUUGAAAAUUACAGAUUGCGUAUGCUUCCAACACAUCAGUGGGGUUAUGUUGUAGUCACAACUCCAGAUGGUGUUUUGGAUCACGAAGAGGCAAUUAAAAAGAAUGUGGGUGGUCAGGUUUUGGGUUAUUUUCUUUAGACUUCCAACUUGCCUUUUUCGACAUGCUUGGAGGGAAAGGGGCAUAGAGUUGCCCAUAUGAUCACAUUUUGCCUUUUUUAGCAAGCAUUUGUUAUGUUGUCUACUUUUCUUCUUCAGUCAGUUGUAAUUUUGUCUCUGUUGAUGAAUGAAAUGAUGGACAUGACGUUGUUUCCUUUCUCUUCCUAAAUUGAUUGUUUGUUCAGUAUUGAAACAUGAUGGUACAAAUUCACUAGAUCUACCUGAGAAUUUGGUCA